AUGAUCGAGCGCAGUCAGGAUACGGACGAUGAGCUGAGGGAUCUACUCCCAGAAGAGGCGCAGGAGUUGCGAGACUUUUUGGAGAAGCGACGGUGGUUUGAAGCGAAGUUAAAGUUUCUGGAGGAUGUACCACCCAUAUACCCCUUCAUACAUCCUAUCUUGAUCUCGAACGACAGGGAUAGCACCCACCCUCAAGCUUUCAUACGGGAGAAGGAGAGCUCGUCGGAUUAUCGACUGCCCACCGCUAACCAAAUCAGAGAAUGGCAGAAAGAACGAGACAGGAUUGAAGCAGAGGUGAUGGUUUUUGAUGGAGGAGAUCUGGAGAGGAUGAAGGAGAAAACUCGGGCCGCAACUCUGUUACCCCUUACACCCCCGUCGACCCAUCUCGUCUCCAUAACACUCGAUCUGAUCGUUUUGAUUGAUCGUCUUCUCACACUUCUUCGACAACGAGCAUCUCUUCUCGAGCUCACUGCGGUUCGUCUUCGCUGGGAUCAGAUACGAUGGCAGAUAUACUUGGAGACCGAGAAGAUACGCAACGAAGUCGCUCAAGUUGUGCGAGACAAAGGGAGAUGGCAGCCGGUGAUAGAGGCUCUAGGGUCUCGGAAUCACAACUCGCAACGCAAACAAUCGAUCCAAAACAUAGAUAUGGAUCAAGAUUCUAUCCCGCAAACUCCGUCCCCUCGCGUACCAAGUCUUCCCGAACGCUCGUCAGCAUCUGAGCCCAGUUCACCCAAGGUCUCUUCGCCGAGACCCGAAUCACACAAAUCUCCCAAAUUGCAUAGUACGCCAAAAAGGUCACUCCAUAUUCCUCUGCUUCACUCUCAAUUGAUCAAUCUCAAUAUACGGCAGCAGAAUCUUCAGGCAAACGAGGUGAAACGGAGUGGUGCCUUGCUUGAUCGAAUGAUUGACAUCGCGGGGCCACUCUCAAAUCUGGGUGGUAUCGAUGGUCCGGUCGAUAGUGCGGAAAAGAAGGAUAAUGAGGCGGUACCCGAUGAACUCCUAGAUAUACAAGAUGAGGUGGAAGAAAAGGUCAGAGAUAUGGGCGAUAGGAUCGCUUGGUGUAAGCAGCUAGAAGAUCAUUGGAAGAGAUCCGAAGAGCACCACGCAGCAUCUGCAGAUAGCCUACAUCAUGCCGAGCGUCUCAUUACCAUUCUCAACCUCCUUCUACAACAGCCCGCAUCAAGCGAGCGUCACCGUGAAAUGUGUGACCUCCUCGAAGACGCGCAGAAACGACUUCCUAUACCUAUCAAUAAGUCAUUCCCCAGGCCUUCGCAUCAAGCGUACCCAGAAAACGAUCAACACAACGAAGAGGUCGUUGCCGCUCUUACUGAAGCCUACAACCAGGCACAAAGCUCCUUGAAGACCUGUCAGAUCGGUGUUGAAAGGUAUGGGAGGUUAGCAAGAUCGAGGAAUGUUAUACUGGCACAGAGUUCGACUGCAACAGGCAUUGCAGCUACGUUAGAAGAUGCUACCCGAAUCCUGUCAUAUGGCGACGGUACUGCGAUCCCGCCUGACAUGGACGAUCCACUUAGUCUCUCUGCUUCAUACGGAGCUUGGGCACAAGAGGUUCCUAGGUGGAUCAUCAGAGCUCAGCGAUAUAGUGAAGAAGGAAUAACAGUCUCUCAGAAACUCUCACUUGCGGUGGCCAGAUAUCAGAACAUCUCGCAACAACCUUGUCAUGUCAAUGACCCAAUCUCAGUGGUUGACGAUUUGACCGAAUAUGCCGGGAGACAGUCUGAAGACCUCAUGAAGCUGUCUAUAGCUGUGGCCGCAAUUGUCAAAUCAACUCAAGAGCGUAAAGAGAUUCUCUCUGCAUCGCAUCCUUUCAUUAUCUCUGUCACCGCAAUCCAAUCAAGUAUUGCAGCCUUACAGGAAAAAGUCUCCUCGAGCACACGACGUUCUGCAUGGCCGACAUCCGAAGCAGUGAGUGCGGAUAUAUUCAAGGAAGAGGUCUCUGCAAUAAGUCAACGGUUGAAGAUAGAGGUACGAGUCCCUUCGCAGUCUCUAUUUCGACGCUUUCCUCAGGCUCAGGAGACCUUCCCGAUCUUGUGGAGCUACCUCAAAGAACAGCUAUCUGAUCUUGAUGAGAAGGAACGACAUCUUCAUCAAUCCAUAGACUUGUUGGAACGGGUAACUGUUCAAGCAAAGGCAAUCCGAUCAGCGGAAGAAGAUGAAACUUUUUUGCACAAGAAAGUGCAAGCGAUACAGCAAGUUUUAGCAGCUUCGUCCCCUCCCAUGGAUGUGGAAAUCGACAAUCAGUCCAGACAGGUGGAUAAAUUGGAACAUGAUUUCAUGCAAUGGGAGUCGACACUGGCAGGAAGGAUCCCUUUUUUAGCCAAUACCACUGGAACACUUAACCCUGAAAAUGGCCACUUAGGAGCAGAUGGGAUGACUCUUGUCGAGCCUUCACAUAUCAGAAUGGAAGAAACACAUCAGCCAAUAGACAAAUCUGCGGUAGAUCUAGCUGUGCGGAAACAUAUCAACAUGAGUAGCCUGAGACUUGCUUCCGAGAUCACCAACUGCAAAGCUCUUCUCCGUCGUCUCAAAAACGAAUGCUGGGAACGAAGAUGCCACGAAGCAGCAGCUCACAUCGAUACUAUCGUCUCCCGAUGGCAAGUUUUACGAGAAGAUGUAGAAGCAGACAUCGCAAGGCUCGAUCAACAUAUGGAUGCCGGAGUCCUGAAAGAAUCGGCACCUCGCAACGCCGCAGAACUCGAAGCGCGAUACAGCUCAAUCUUCUUUCACCAUCAAACAGCCAGUAGGGAUGCCCUUGAAGAACUGAAAUCUCGCAUCAAAGACAAUCCAGAGCCUGAUCGCGAUACGUUGGAUGGGAAACAAUGGAACUCAACUGUCGGUCCAGCAACUUCUGCUGUCCAAACGGUCCUCUCUGAGAUCGAUCAAAUGCAAGCUUUGCUCAAAGAUAAAAGCAAAAUUCGGCUUAGCCCGAAGACGCAAGUCCCAAUCGAACAAAUUGAUGACAUAUUUGGUCCGUCAUCAUUCUCAAACCUGAACAUAUCAGCCAGUCCCGUCGACCAGCCUCGCCGACUCCAGAUAGAGUUAGACAAGUUAAAUCUAGAAUCCAUAGUCAACCCAUCGUCCGAGGAUCUGACGAGAACGCCUAGAUUGCAGCGGCUACCCGAUACUCACACAGCUGAGAGCCUUGAUUACAGUUUGAAAAGGAUAUCACAGGAGGCUCAGGAUGUGAAGAUGGAUCAGGUUAAUCCCAGUUCAUCCUUACACCACACACUUGCAGCUUCCAUUGCCGAACGGCAAUUGUUGAUUCCUCGACUUCACCGGCUUGCACGCUUAGAUGCAGUCAUCAAAAAGUGUGAUUCGGCUCACAACGACCUGCUCCAAGCCAUCGAUGCGGAAGAUCCAGAUCAGCUAGAGAAGCUUCUGGCCCUCGCGACAUCCGCGUAUAAAGCGGUUAUACAAUCCAGCGUAGAGAUCAACGACGAUAAACGUGUGGUCAGGGAAGUUAAGCGAGUCUCCCAAUCAUGGGAGGAGCUUCAAAUGUUAAUGAAACGAUCGGACCAGCCAGACAAGGUCUCGUCUAGGUCGCCAAGCGUUGCUUCGUACACUACAUAUCGUGUCAAUAGCACCACCUCUACCGCCUCUCGCUUGCCGCGAUUGGUCAGCUCCGUUCCACGAGCAACUGCCAGAUCCACUUCGAAUCCAAUGACGGAUACUUUACCAUCACCUUUCACCAAUCCUUCUACUGCUCUACGCAUACGGGCGGUGUCUGACACUCCGAGCAGAUAUCGACUGUCUAGCCUGAAGAAGAGCGCUGGUCCGCCUCUGUCGAAAACGGGAUCGAUUACUACGCCUACGUCCAGUGAGACUGGAACGUGGCCUAGACAAUCCUCUUUACCCAGGCCAUCACGUUUAUCCAUGCAUCCGGGGUCUGUGACGGCUCAAGGAUCGAAAGUACCUCGAGACUUCACCAAGAAGGAAUAUAUCCCGAAUGCCAAGAGCAAGCUUGAUGUGGCCAUUGGCAAGGUUGUGAAUAGAUUGGAUGUUCACGUGCCAGUUCGUCCAGUAGGUCUCAAUAGUGCCGACGAGUGGAAAGACCAGUCUGGACAAUAUUGGAUAGGAGCGGAAGGCAGAGCGAAACUUUGUUUUUGUCGGAUUUUGCGAUCUCGUACAGUCAUGGUCCGAGUCGGCGGAGGAUGGGUAGAGCUUUCGAAGUUUCUCUUAGAUCACUUUGCAGAUGCUGUCAAUUCUUGGCAGACUCCAUUUGGCGAGGCGCACCUCACGAGACAGACCUCUCUUUCAGCGUCAUCAUCUAACAGUUCACUUUUCGGAUCGAAUUUGCCCAUACCCAUUACCUCCGCUUCACUCUCGUCGCAGUAUAUGGGGAGACCUGUCCCUACGUCCUACUCGCAUUCUUCGCUUGCAUCCAUAGCAUCGUCGUCCUCGGAAAGGACGCCGUCGAACAAGCCAAUCGCUCUGCCAAAUAACGAAGAGAAUUGUUUUUUACCGGAAAAGUUCCCUCGGUCCACAUCCAACCAAAGUCUUCCAUCCCAACCUCACACCCCAGAUUCUGCAAGAAAGCUCAGCACCACCUCACCUAGCGGUCCAGGAAGUCCUCUCAUCGCAUUUCAGUUUAUGCGUAAAGCUUCCGAAAGUCCAUCAAUCAGAGAGAAAGAGAAGGAGAGAUUCCAUGGACGCAGAUCGAUUCUUGGUAAAGAGCUGCCAGCGGAUUGA